AUGUCCCGCGAAGAAGCAGGUCACCUCCGACACUUCUAUAACCUAGCAAGCCAAAAAGAUGGCGAGUGGCGCCAUAUGGGUUCUCAAGUUGCCGGUCAGGAAUGGCUCGAUGGGUACCGAUACCAGCUAGCGACUAUGGCAUACGCUGCAGGAGCAGCUCAUUACUUUCGGCUGCCCCUUCUGAGGUCUCUGUUCAAGGCCUUGUUUGAGCAGCUCAUCUCCAAAAUGCUGCUGCGAGAUGUUUGGGGCUAUUGGUAUCUCACUAGCCACAGCGGCACCCUUGUAGACCCCGACCUGACCGAGUUGCGGAAACCCUGGGCGGAUCCAGUUGCGAAAGAGAACAUUAUGUAUUCUGGUCACCUCCUUCACAUGGUGUCAUUGUACACGAUGCUAUUUGACGACGACAAGUAUAAUGAAUAUGAUGCUCUGGAGUUCAACUGGAUGCCAAUCUUCUGGGGUAUGGGGCCAGAAAAGUUCAUCUAUAACCGAACGUCCCUGCAGCAAGCGAUAUUGAAGGGGAUGGAGGGAGAAAACUGGCUCGGCGUCUGCUGUGAGCCAAACAGCAUCUUUGUCAUGAUCGGGAUGCGGUACAACGAUGUUCGGGACAAUACCCAUAUAGCCCCUGUCGUUCUUGAAACAUACGAGGAGGCUUGGAAGUCCAAGGGCAUGUUCCAAGACGACGGCCUCAUAAUUGAUUGGUUUUCGCCAAAGCAAGACAGAAAGACACUCGCAAAGGACCCUGGGUUCACAGCCUGGGCCGCUGCCUUUAUGAACGCUUGGAAUCCAGAGCUGGCAAAGGUCGCUUAUGACACGGCAUAUGACAGGGUGAUAGAGAUGAUGAUGCCACCAAACAAGUCUACAGCUGCAAAAGCGUCAACGCCCUUGAUCUCCAGGGCACAAUCACCCGGUGCUCAGCAACCCAUGACCAAGCCCAUCCUAGGAUACGCAGCGCAGAUGAUCUCUGAACUCGGCGACGAGGCCACCUUGGAUCAGUACCUACGCUUUGUCGACGAAGCUUACCCCCCAACCUGGGAACAGGGCGGACUCUUUUACCCGGCCACUGCUCAGGGGAAUGGCAGUCUGCCUCCCAUGGACGCCUUCACUGGGAACAGCGCCAUCCCCUACGCGAGGCUGAAUGUCUUCCAGGGCCAGCGUAAGAUGUACGAGAAUCCUUGGACCGACAAUCACUUUUCCACUUACCCAUUCAUUGACAACAUCGACCUCUCCAGUGGGGUUGACUUUCUGCGUGGAAGCUGGGACAAAAAUCUUGCAGCCAUGGCUGUCACUAUGCGUUCCUAUUCAAGGGAGGGCAAGAAUGUUAAGCUUCAUGUUUCCGGAUUACGUCCUGGGAAAUACAGUGUUUACGAAAAUCAAGAGCUUCUUGGCGCGUACCAAAUCAAGGACAGGGCGGACAUGAUCCAGCUUGAACGGAGAGUGACAGGGAACAACAUGGACAUUGUCAUACAGAGUAUUGGCCCUGUUUCAGUGCUUCCUCCCCUGCAGGUAUCCCGAUGGGAAUCGGUACUGGAAUGGGGCAUGUGCAUCUUGGGUACUCGAGGCCGCCUCGUGAAGGUCAAUCCUGUUAAGGCCGAGGAGCCCUCCGAAGUUCUUCAAGAAGCCCUUAUGCAGGCCAGUGAUAAUAGCACCAAGCCACAGGAAACUUAG